GACUCCUUCACAACGCACCUGAGGACAAUGCACUGUAGUACUGUACUCUUUCAGUCUGCGGUAAGACUAGGUAUACAUACCAAGUUCCAACCUUCCUUUGCAUCAUGCUCUAAUUUUUAAAUCCAAGUUUGCAGAAACUGAAAGUGCUGCCGAUUUCAUUUUUGAGCAGCAUACUUCUUAGGUACUUGAAGGUGCAGGCUAGGAAGCAGAGUCCUUGUGCAAUCACUGGCACCAACUGUUUUGAGAUUGAAAGGAAGAUUGCGAGAACGUUGGCGGCGGCACCUUGAUCCUAUGGUUUGAGGAACUUCUGCCGGUAGUAGCAAAGUGGAUAAGGUAGUGGCACGCCUUUGCUUUUAGAGGAGAUUCCUCAGCAGAGAGGAAAAAGGGAAGCUGCCUUGCAGAAGAUCAGAUCGGCAGGAAGCUAAAGAGAGCAGAAGCGAAAAGCACUACCAUAACAUCUGGCAGCGAAAGGGAUGAAGUCACCGCAGACCUCAGUGCAAGCGGCACUGAAAGUGGUGGUGGUCCUUCUAUUCAUGAACAAACUUGCGGUGGCAGACUAUCUUGCUAUCAACUGUGGUGGUCUCACAUAUCCUGAUGGCAGCAUUCCCCAGUACUAUGACGGUGUUACAUAUGGCCCUGGGCCCGACUACAAACCUGCUGGCGAUCAUACAGACUCUGCUGGAAUCAACUGGAGAUCAGACAGUUUCUAUUCUGGCACUUCAACUCAUGUCACUGAUUACCGGGGCAUCAACUAUGCAAACACUAAUGACCAGCUCACCUACAGAACUGAGCGAUAUGGUAUGGACUUCUACUACAGUCUCAACCUACCAAAUGGUGCUUACACCGUUGAGAUGAGGUUUGCAGAGACCCGCUUCAACAGUGCAGGGUCGCGAACAUUCACAAUCUCAAUCAAUGGACAGCAGGUUGAAAGUAGCUUGGACAUCUUUGCGAGGGCUGGAGGUCAGAAUGUUGCAUACACGAGUCAGUAUCAGGCUAGCGUGAGCAAUGGUCUUCUGGAUAUCUUCUUCAACUCAAUCGUGUAUGAAGCCAAAGUAGACGCCAUCAGGGUUUUCUCCAAUGGAGGCGGAAACCCUCUACCGGGUCCUCCAUCAACUAUAAGCAUUGCUGCUGGAGGGAGCAGUGACAAAUACUACAAGGGAGGCUCGACAGGUGCAACACAAUCAGCCACCUACCCUAACUACCGCAGCGGCGCCCUUUUUGAGUAUCUUCUCAACCUCCAGAACGGCGACUACGUGGUCCAGUUCGCAUUUGUGGAGCCUCAGUUCACAUCCCCUGGCUCGCGUUCAUUUGACGUCUACAUUCAGAACUUCAAACGGAUCUCUGGAUAUGACAUCGUUGCAAAAGGGGGCAGCGCAAGCAAUGCGGUGACAGUGCAGAGGACUGUGCACGUUUCUAAUGGCUUGCUCAGGCUCAAGUUCCAAGAUGCUGGCUCUGAUGCCAUAGUCUCUGGCAUCACUGUCUCCCCACUCUCCAGCUCAACAGGGGUUCAAGUCGCCAUCAACUGCGGCGCCCCACUGGACGUCCUCUCUGGCCUGGGCAUCAUCUUCCAGAAGGAUGUCUACAACUCUGGCGGCAACUCGGCUAUCACAAAGCCGUACGAAGUGUUCCUUCCCUUUGGCGGCUUCUGGGACGACUUCCUCUACACCAGCGCUCGCACUGGUGGCGCCUUCUCCUAUUCAGUGCCGGUGCCAAAUGGGGCCUACCAAGUAGAGAUGCACUUUACAGAGACGGAAGGCAAGCAAGCAGGCCAGCGCGUCUUCAACGUGAACGUCCAGGGUCAAUCCGCCAUCCAGAACCUGGACAUUGUCGCUGCCACGGGCGGCCAGCUGCGCCCCAUCGUCUUGACUGCAGACGCCACUGUCUCGGGCGGCACGUUGAAUAUUGACUUUACCAACAACGCAAUCGUUAUGGCACUCUUCAUCUACCCUGGCCUGUCUGGCGGUAGCCAAACCGUGAUCUCGAGCCCCGCAGCAGCACCAGCGAGCAGCACAGUGCCGAGCAGCGCCCCGUCCCCUGGAAGCGCCCCGUCCCCUGGAAGCGCCCCGUCAACUGGAAGCGCCCCGUCACCUGGAAGCGCCCCGUCAACUGGAAGCGCCCCGUCAAAUGGAAGCGCCCCGUCAACUGGAAGCGCCACUUGCCCCGCCAACGGGGGUGGCUCUGCAAUCAACUGCGCUGGUGGCUGCCCCGCCUACUCCGCCUCCAACUCGGUCGCCGUGAAUUGCGGGGGCGACGACUACGUGUCCACCUGCGGCGUGCGCUUCCUGCCGGACACCACGGCGUGCAACCCGGGGGACACCAUACCAGAUGGCGAGCCCUACUGCCGGACCAACAUCAAGGGACCCGCCGGGGGUUACUCGUACUUCAAGCCGUCGACGGACCCGCCAAUCACGGGAACGGCAGAUCCGCACAUCUUUGAGUCGGAGCGCAUCGGCUUCAACACCUACUUCUUCCGCGUGGACAACGGCGUGUACACUGUAGCGACGUACUUCGCCGAGAUCUCCGGCAGCGACCCGUCCAUCGACGUCAAUGCGGAAGGUCUCAGGCGCUUCACCCUCAUCUUCAACGACAACCCCAACUCGCCCAACCCGAACAUCGACCCAUUCGCGCUGGCUGGCGACCAGAAGUUCAAGGCGGAUCCCGUCCAAAUGGCCCAGAUUCCUGUGAGCAAUGGAGUCCUGAAGAUGCAACUGUUCCCCACUGGCAUACGCGAUGCACCAGCCAUCAAAGGCAUCUGGAUCCGCAAGACGGGCUAGGUUGAUGAUUUUACCGAUCUUUCAGCAGUCUCUGUAAGGCAGUCACUAUCGGAAUUUGGAGAAGGCGAUCGGAGUUGCAUCGGUCAGUCAAAUUAGCAGGAUUGUGAGAAGGCGCUUGACGUUCUGCAAAACUGGAAGUUUCGCACCUAGAGCUAGGUCAGGUCUUUUGAAUGCAGAUGUUGAGGGAUAGACGGACGCGUGUCACGAGUUGAAGAUAUGCUCAGUAGAAUGAAGCAGGGUCACUUUGAAGAAAAAGAGACGAGUGGAUUAUGUAGAUCGACGUUCUUAGGAUUUCAACUGCUUUAGGUUUGUGAUUGAAUAGUUGCAUUGACUGCAUAAGCGAUUGAGUACGUGUCAAGAUUUUGCAUCCUCCGAAAAGCUGAGCUCACCUCGACGGCAUCCGCAAUUAUGCAUCGGUGUUGGUAUCUAGACGAACGUACAGAGAGUAAGCAAAGUUUUUUCUCGCCAGCUCGACUCAGGUCCCCU